AUGAGUGACUACGCGGUGACCACGCUGGAACAGGUUGAUAAGUUGAAGGUAGUCGAGUUGAAGGCACAGCUCAGUCGAUUGGGCCUGUCAACGUCGGGGCUCAAAGCCGAUCUCGCUCAACGACUGAGGAAUCACCUCAUUGCCCAGAUCGACAAUGAGCCUUCAGAGGGUUCGGACGAAACAGUGGAGGAUGCGCCUGAGGCUCCCGAAGCCGCCGAGUCAUCCACUGAUUCGAGCGAAGCACCCGACGAAGACAGCGCACCAGGUCAGUCCUUCCCGAUCGACGCCAAAGACGAUCCUCCCUCGCCGGGAGAGCCGGAGCCCCCUGCGGCCAGCGAUAAGAGCACUUCACCUUCGAACGACGAAGGCUCCAACGAACCCAUGGAAGGCGUAGAGGUCGAUAGCCAGCCAUCGUAUGACGACACACGUUCCCGAGAAGAGGUGCAACCUCCUCCGGUGGACGAGGAAACCGUCGACAGCCCUCCUCGGGAGAUGUCAGCAGCCCAGGAAGCGGCUCAGAGCCCUGCGCCGCAGUCCGAGCAUAGUUCCGACCAGCGUCCGUCAGCCAGUCCUGAUCAGCAGGUUUCACAGAGCUCAGACCCGCGAGCCUCACGCAGCCCCGAGCGACAAGCACCCCAGGCCCAUGAAUUGGAAGCCUCUCAGAGUCCCGAGCAAGACGGUUCCUACCAAGAGGCUUCCCGCAGCCCGGAUCGAGAUGCAUCUCGGACCUCGUAUCAGGAACAAUCGCAGAGCCCUUGCCGGGAAGCUUCGCAAGAGUCCUUCCCGGGAACCUCCCGGAGUCCGGAUCGAGACGAGUCCCGCAGUCCUGCCAGGGAGGCGGCGGAGAGUCAAAGCUCAGCGACGGAGAGUCCACCCUAUCAGGAGGGCCAGCCGGCGUCGAACGAUGCCUCGACCGAGGAUGAUUCACGUAGUAAAAUUAGCUCCAUGGACGAUAUAAUUCGAAAAAAUCUAGACUUGUUGGAGAAAGCCGAGAAAAACGCGGCCAGAGCGAAUACAGAUGCCAAGGUCCAGAAGAUUCUCAGCGAAAAAGGAAUAAAUCUCCUCGCGAAACAGCCUGGAGAAACGAAGAAUCAGAAGAAGAAGAGGAGGAAGAAAACUAGGAAGAUCAUGAAGAAGCUCAAUAAGGAACCCGGCAGCGACGGAGAAAUCGCUCGUGACAGUGACCGAACGACCGAUGUCGAGAUCGAGUAUGUGCCGGACGAGGUGGAAAAAGACAUCUCAUGGUUCCAGUUCAGCAAGGUUUUCGAAAAGUUCCGCUUCGAAGAGCCUGCAGGAAACGAAGGAGUCGAACCGAAAGUCGAAGUGCCUCAGGUCACCGAUAGACUUCUCGAACGGAAGAAACCAGCUGAUCUCAGUGAAGACGAAGACGAAGAGGAGAAGAAGGACGAUGGCAGCACACCCAAACUGAGUAAAAAGAAGCUCAAACAGCUCACCAGAAUGUCCGUGGCCGAACUCAAGAUCAAGGUUCAUCAUCCAGAGCUUGUCGAAAUGCACGACGUCACGACGAAGGACCCCGUAUUCCUGCUUACGUUGAAAGCGACAAGGAACUCCGUGCCUGUUCCGCGACAUUGGUGUUUCAAAAGAAAGUAUCUACAGGGCAAACGGGGUAUUGAGAAGCCCCCAUUUGAUCUACCCGGUUUCAUCAAACGCACCGGCAUCUGUGAGAUGAGGGCCGCGCUCCAGGAGAAAGAGGAAGCGAAAACUCUCAAGUCGAAGCAGAGAGAGAAGAUCCGGCCGAAGAUGGGAAAAAUCGACAUCGACUAUCAGAAGUUGCACGAUGCCUUCUUCAAGUGGCAAACGAAACCGAAAUUGGCCAUGCACGGGGACCUCUACUACGAGGGCAAAGAGUUCGAAACGCGCUUGAAAGAGAAAAAACCCGGAGAUCUCUCAGACGACCUCCGAACGGCGCUCGGCAUGCCAACCGGUCCGAACGCGGCCAAGUGUCCACCGCCGUGGCUCAUUGCUAUGCAGAGAUACGGUCCGCCGCCAUCUUACCCUAAUUUGAAGAUACCAGGUCUGAACGCGCCGAUUCCGGAGGGAUGCUCUUUCGGAUACCAUGCAGGAGGGUGGGGUAAGCCCCCCGUCGACGAAACAGGCAAACCGCUCUACGGUGACGUGUUCGGGCUCUCAGCCCAGGAGAGCGGCGUAUCACAGGUCGAACAGGACAUCGACAAGCUCUAUGUCUUCGGAGCGAUGGAAGAAGAGGAAUCUGAAGAGGAGUCCGAGGAAGAAGAAGAGGAGGAGGAUGAGAGCGACGCCGAAGAGCCCGAUGAAACAGGGCUCGUCACACCAGCCGAAGGCCUCGCUACGCCCUCCGGUCUGCAGAGCUCCGUCAGUCAAGCAGCGGAGAUCUCGGACUCGAUCGAGCUCCGGAAAAGAAAAAUCGAGGCAGAGAUGGAGAUGGGCGAUCAAGUUCCUCAAUUGUAUCAAGUUUUGCAUGAGAAGAAAACUGAUCGAAUCGGUCAUGCUAUGAUGGGUUCCGCGCACACGUACGACUUACCCAGUCAGCCGGCGUCGAAUAAGAAAGGAGUCGAGUUGGCUCUGGAUCCUAGCGAACUUGAAAUGGAUCCAGGAGCCAUGGCAGCCAGAUACGAACAGACGGUCAGGGAGCAACAGAGCCAGUUGGCGAAAGAAGACUUUUCCGACAUGGUCGCGGAACAUGCGGCGAAACAAAAGAACAAGAGGAAAGCCCGAGAAGAAGCGGGUGCGGGCGGCAAAAAGAAGUAUAAGGAAUUCAAAUUCUGAGUUUUUUUCCCGUGAGAAUCCUCUAUAUAACCCGAUGAAUGUACAUAAUAAAUUCGAAAAGGCUUCG